AUGCGGGCUCCAAUCAGUUUGCCAACGGAGCAAAAUCCCGCGAGAACAACCAAAUACGACCUAAUUGUAUCUGAGAUAGUAUCAACAGAGCGCGGAUAUGUUCAAGCGUUGGAGCGCCUCGUAGACUUGAGACGCCUGGUUCAAGAUCAGGGAGUCCUAGCAGCGGAUGUUGUCGACGAGGUAUUUGGAAAGGUGAAUGCUCUUAUCGACUUCCAAAGACGAUUUCUUGAUCGUUUAGAAUCUGUUUCAUUGCUUCCCACAGAAGCGCAAGAUUUGAGCGUCGUCUUUUCCAUGUUGGACGACGCAGCGGACGUGUAUAUUACGUACAUCGCAAAUCACAAGCGCCAUCUCAAAGCAGCGAUUCGAGAACAGCAGAAAAUGUUGAUGGCUACGGGAUCUGCUGAUGUUCUGGAGCAAGUUACGGACCAUGCCAUGAUUCAUCUCACCUUUCAGCGGCCAUAUUCUCGCUUUGCUAAAUACUCAUGCUUUCUGAAGGAGCUGCUGCAUGAAAUACAAGCCGACGAGACAAAGUUUGCUGCACUACAGGCGACCAGUGCCUCAUAUCACCGGACGUUGCAUAAGGCUGGAAUGGCUCUCAUGGAAAUGUCGUUGAAUGACGAGCUGACGAAGCUUUGGAAUCGUGUAGAGGACUGGAAGGGUCUUCAGCCAAACACAUUUGGAAGAUUAGUAGCGUUUGACACGAUGCGAUGCCAAACUGGACACCACGGAAGAUCGGAAAGAAGUUUCCAAGUCUAUCUCUUCGAAAAGGUCCUCAUCUGCUGCAAAAAGAAAUUCUACGGCGAUGGAAGCCCCGUCAGUUUAACUCUUCGUUUAAAAGGGCGGAUUUUCCUUAAGAAUGUUCUAGACUUUGAUACAUCGUCUGAGCCUCCGUACCGGUUGAAUGUUCAUUGGAAGUCGGCGGAUGGGGUUGAGAAAACAACUAUUUUGUUCGCAUCUGCCGGCAUGAUGGAGUCGUGGAGUACCAAGAUGCGGCAGCUAUGGGAUCGGAUUCCAGGGUCUUCGAGCUAG